GUCCUGCUACCCCAGUACAUCGAGGUCGUACAUAUAUCGUGUUUACCAUGUCUAUACAUGGGUACAUCUUAAGCGUAUCUAAGUACGUGAAUACCCCACCAUCCCUCAUAUCCCAAAUUACUUACCCCAUAUAUGCAUACAAUGCAUAUAUACGAAGUAGCUCUUACCUACCUCACAUUAAAAUACCAUCCAUUAAAUAUGCAUCCUGGGUACCUGAAUUAUCGCAAUGGACGAUUUUCGUCUAUUUACGUCCAUCCGAUAUGACCCAGAACUCUUAAAAGUUCCAAGUCUAGGGUUUACUAAUGUUGGAUGGAAUUCGAAGUCUUCCCCAUUCCAUAUGCUCGACUUUCACCGAGACCGCAUGCUAAGAGCGGCUAUCUACUGGGACUGGACGGCUGCUAUAGCCUCAAUUUCCGGGCAAGAGGGUCUAGAAAACCUAGAAAGAUUCCUUCAGGGCGCUACUAAAGAUCUUGUCAAUGGACCCCAUCGAUUAAUGAUCACCCUAGCUCGGGAUGGAAGUCUAGGUUAUGAAAUAUCCUCUCUCCCAGCGACGCAUUUGAACAACCUAUACCCUGAAUACCUACCGAAUCAGAGUUUCGACUCCGACUCUAACAUUUCAGUUACGGUUAGAGGAGGCAAAGUUCCAAUCAAAGAUCCCAUGUACGACAUCUUCGUUGAUAGCCAAAGAACGACAAAAUCCGAAUUCACCCAUUAUAAAACCACAUUUAGAGAUAUGUACAAUGAUGCGAGAAAUCGAGCUAAAGUAAACCCAGGCGAUAAGAAGGAAGUGCUCCUUCUCAACGAAGAUGGGUAUAUCAUGGAAGGCAGUAUCAGCACCCCCUAUUUCUGGAGAAACGGGAAAUGGGUCACUCCUCCUGUUCCACGAAAGUUUGACGCCUUUCAGGGAAGUGGUGGGAAUGACGGGACUACGAGAAGGUGGGCCCUGGAGAGGCAUCUCGCUGCCGAAGAAACUGUCCUUGCCGAUUCACUGGUGGACGGCGAAGAAUGCUGGAUAAGUAACGGACUUCGAGGCUUUAUCUGUGGAAAAGUGAAAUUACACUGAGCAUCAAUGCUUAUAAUUCCCUAAGGGUGGUAGAAAAAGAGAAUAGCAUUAAGGGCAACAGAAAACUAUAGAGUGUUAACAUAAGCGGCAUAUAGGUCCGUCAUGCGUGCUUGUCCCCUGGCUAUGGUCCAUCGGCCGAUCGCCCAACAGACGAGUCCUGAGAUUUAGCUAGCACAGGGUCGACAUGGUUACUUCAAAGACUUCCAUUGCGCUCGUCAAUGUAGUCGAGGUGGAGUUCUAGUUCUAGUAUGGGACAUCGAUGUUGAGAUAUUGCGGUAAGACAUCCAAGAAAUGGUCGCUGGGUCGCCUAGACAAGGUCAAUUUGCCGUUGUCAUCUUGUGUAUUUGACUCUCAGUCUCCCGUCCGUUCAAGACAAUAUGUCAUCAUUCAGGAGAUAAUGGUUUUACAUACUAUUAUAUCAAGCACAGCCACAUCAAUUCCAAAUAGCUGUCAAAAGUUAUCAUGAAGCUGUUUAAGUAUAAUCAUAGACGUGGGAUAAGUAUUUAUGUAGGUUGAAAUUUAGAGCUUGAUCUGUUGUCAUGGCAGCAGUUUCCCCCAGGAGUUGUACAAGAGAGUAGUACAUUUCUUAACAUCGCAGUUUAUAAAGAGGAAAGUGCAGUUGACACAGGGAAGCCGAA